CUUAUUUAUUGUCGCUUUAUCACUGUUGUAGAAAGUAAGUAAAAAACUUUAUAUAUACGCCAGCUCUGACGUUCGUUAGAAACACGUUAACUAACUCAUGGAUAUAAACGGCCCUCUCUCAGCCCGGGCUAAUGCUUUUAGUAUCACGUCUCUUAUGUCGGGUCCGUUUGCCGACUCCUUUCUUGGGUCCCUAGGUGGAGCCUUUGGGUACCAACAAGUCCCUCCUCAGAGAAGCACAGAUUGUCUCUUCGAGUGGGGACAAAAUGGAGGAUAUGGUGUUGGAAUGAAAGGAAUGGAAGCAUGCAUUUUAAAUGCCGGAACAGGAAGACCCUACUAUGAUUCUAAUCGUAUAGACACAUACCAAGAGAGUUCUGCCCGACCCCCCGGGCAUACUGGGAUCAGUGAGGGAGGUGUGUGUGACAAAACAAGCCCGGGGCUCAAUUGCGAUGAAUCUAGGACUUGUGUUAAAGAAAACUGUGAGGGAGAAACUGCCGGAAUGGAGGACAAAUCGGAUACGCCCAAAAAACCACUUCAUUCAAAACUGUUAAACGUUAGUGCUCACCUAGAAAUGAAAUCUCUUUGGGACGAGUUUGAUGAACUCGGCACAGAAAUGAUUGUCACCAAAGCUGGCAGACGGAUGUUCCCCACGUUCCAGGUACGGAUGUACGGCCUUGACCCCAUGGCUGAGUACAUGGUGAUGAUGGACUUUGUACCUUGUGAUGACAAGCGGUACCGUUACUCCUUCCAUAGUUCCAGUUGGGUAGUGGCGGGAAAAGCUGACCCACAUAUGCCCGGGAGGAUCCACGUCCACCCAGACUCCCCGGCCAAGGGAGCUCAAUGGAUGAAACAAAUUGUGUCAUUCGACAAACUCAAACUUACAAAUAACCUUAUGGAUGACAAUGGUCAUAUAAUCCUGAAUUCAAUGCAUAAAUACCAACCGCGGUUCCACGUGGUAUAUGUGAAUCCUAAAUCCGAAGAUUGCUCAAAUACAGAAAACUUCAAGACGUAUAUAUUUUCCGAGACCAAGUUUAUGGCGGUAACAGCCUAUCAAAACCAUAGGAUAACACAGCUCAAAAUAGCUAGUAACCCGUUUGCCAAAGGUUUUCGUGACGUAGACCCUAACGAAUGUAUGGUGGACGUGAUAUCCCACUUGAACCCCUGCUCCCGUCCACGAAACCAACACCGUCCUAGUUCCUUGCAUCUCGCCAAUAUCACCCGGAAACGAGGCUCUGACGACAAAGAAAAAUGUUCUUCCGAGUCGGACGAUUCCACGUGUAUGUCCCCAACUGGUGUAGUGAACCACGGUCUCUCAUCCACGCCCCUCAGACUCCCCCCUCGGGGAUCAUAUACGGACGCUUAUAACUAUGUUCCCUACUCUCACGAGACCUAUAUGAUGACGUCAAAAUCUCGUCCCUCGCCGUACACCCGAAGCAUGGAAUACCAGUCUUUCCAUCACGCAAGGAUGAAAGAAAUAUACCAGGGGACAACGUGUGGCUAUAAUUUCUGAAGUGUUCCUCGGUGAAUUGUGUUCCCAUGUUGUGUUCUGAUGUGUUCCUGUAUGUGUUCCACUGUUUACACAUGUGUUCCUGUGUGUCAAGCAGACGUUUAAAAUAAAUACAUUGGACAUUUGUUGAGCCGGAUUUCGAAAUUCCGAAAAUCUUGCUUUCUCAACGGAAACCUAAUUUCAUCAUAUGGACUAAAACGAUCUUUUUUUAAAAAUAUUUUUUAAAUAGGCGUCUGGACUUAAGCAAUAUAAGGUGUCUUUUUAGGGCUAUUUUGCUUUUUCUGUCUUUGGAUGUGUUUCGCGGCGAGGAAGAGAUAAAAGCGCUGUUUUCUUCUUAAACGGCGCCUGGUCGUCGUGACAAAACGACAAAAAGCAUGAUUUACUUUGCUGAACGGCGUUUAUCGCUUUUUUAGCCAAAAAGCGUCUUUCUAAUUUACAAAAUGGCGCUUUGUCGAGACAAAAGAAAAAGCGCCACUUUAUAGUCUUUUUCGACUCGACGAAGUGCCGUUUAUGAAUAAAACAGGUUUUUUUUCUGUAACAAGCACCCUAUUGUUAAAAAAACCACGGCGCUUUUUUACAAACUGAAAAGGCGAAAAAAUCAGAACUGGCCCUAAUCAGCCAUCAUAGAAACACGAAUUUUUACUGCUUAAUUAAUCUUAUUAUUGUAAGCGAAUUUUCCAGAUUAUCAGGUUGUGCUCUCGUUGGUCCACUCAUCAUCACGCUGAUUAGCCGUACUUGAUUUUCCUAUAUGAACUAUAGUCAGAUUUUUUUUAAAAUUUUAAUCCAAAGAUAAACAUGUACACAUAUUAAAAGUUUAAGUUUAAUGUCUUUGAUUGCAAAUCAUUACAAAUGGACUGGGCACAAGUUAUUACAACGUAGUAUAGCCGUUUCUAAAAUACAUAACACUAUUUAAGUUUAACCGUAUACAUAAAUUAAAAGGUCUUAAGUAUCGCUAUUAAUAAUUCAUACAGUGAUAUUAAUCUGGUAGUAUCUAUCAGGAUGUUCGACCAACAGUUCAAACAUCUCGGGUAAACAUUUCAGACAUGUGAUGUUUUCAUUUAAAAAAUUAAACCCUCGGAAUAAUUCGUUGAGAUUAAUAUUCACAAACAUAUCAAAUAAUGUAGACUAUUUUGUUUGUUCCGUUCAUAGUUGAAAAGUUUAACGUUUUGAAGAUUAUAUUGUACAUAUGAUAAAUGAACAGCAAUUUUUAUCACAUAUGGUAACAUCCGAUUCAUAACACUUAAGUUAAAAUAUUUGUUUGAGAAUAAACCCCUUUCCGAAAGAAGUGGCAUGUUCCUAAAGUAGUCACAUUGAAAGGUUCUGUUUGCAUUGAAAAGGAAAUUACAGGAGUUGCUAUUUUCGACGAUAGAUAUAUUUCCAUUGCCGAACUGAAGAUACGAUAUGGAUUGGGCUCAAGUUUAACCAAUUUAUCAAUGCCCUCUCACAAUUUAAAUAAAAUACAAAAAAAGGAGAAGAAACACUUACCCAAAUAUUAGGAAAUAAUCUGGAUCUAUAACGAGUAUCAAAAUCAGUUACAACCUGGUACUAUCACGAUUUGCAAAACAAAAUCUUGUUGGUUUGAUAAAGUUUGAUUGCUUUAUGUUUUAAUUAAGGGAAAGCCGGAUCACGAAAAAUAUAUAUUAGAUAUGUUCAGCAGUUCAAUUUUUUGAACACGUGUUCCUUGACGUACACCUUUAUGAGGAUCACGUGUUACACAUGCAUCGGGACCAUGUGCUCCUAUGUACACAAGUGUAUCGAAGACUACGUGUUCCUGUUCACACACGUGCAUCGGGACCACGUGUUCCUAUACACACAUGUGUAUCGGGACCACGUGUCCUUUGCACACACGUGUAUCGGGUCCACGUGUUUCUGUUCACACACGUGUAUCGGGACCACGUGUUCUUGUUCACACACGUGGAUCGGGACCACGUGUUCUUGUUCACACACGUGUAUCGGGACCACGUGUUCUUGUUCACACACGUGGAUCGGGACCACGUGUUCUUGUUCACACACGUGUAUCGGGACCACGUGUUCUUGUUCACACACGUGGAUCGGGACCACGUGUUCUUGUUCACACACGUGUAUCGGGACCACGUGUUCUUGUUCACACACGUGGAUCGGGACCACGUGUUCUUGUUCACACACGUGUAUCGGGACCACGUGUUCUUGUUCACACACGUGGAUCGGGACCACGUGUUCUUGUUCACACACGUGUAUCGGGACCACGUGUUCUUGUUCACACACGUGGAUCGGGACCACGUGUUCUUGUUCACACACGUGUAUCGGGACCACGUGUUCUUGUUCACACACGUGUAUCGGGACCACGUGUUCCUGUUCACACACGUUCAUCAUAAACAUGUGUUCCAGUUGUGUUGUAUUUUCAACGAGUGUUUUAUUUAUGAUUCACUACAUGUUUUUCUUAUAUAUUAUAAAAAUCCAUUGAUGUAUAUUAAAAUGUUUUUA